UUCAUUUCUGUUUCUAUGGCUGAAGGAAACUGGACAAGAUUUAGUGAGUUUGUCCUCAUGAGCUUCUCUUCCCUGCUCCCUGAAAUACAGUCGUUACUUUUCCUAACAUUUCUCAUCAUCUACAUGAUCACCCUGACAGGAAAUAGCCUUAUCAUUCUGGUUACCCUGGCUGACCCCGCUCUGCACAGUCCCAUGUACUUCUUCCUCAGGAACUUGUCUUUUUUGGAGGUUGGCUUCAACCUAGUUAUUGUGCCCAAGAUGUUGGCGACUUUACUAGCGGGAGACACAUCCAUCUCCUUUUUCGGCUGUGUCACUCAGAUGUAUUUCUUCUUUUUCUUCGGAGUGGCGGAAUGCUUCCUUCUGGCCACCAUGGCAUAUGACCGCUAUGUGGCCAUCUGCAAUCCUUUGCACUACCCAGUCAUCAUGAACCAUAAGACAUGUACCAAACUGGCUGUUGCCUCCUGGUUUCCAGGUCUCCCUGUAGCCACGGUGCAGACUACAUGGCUCUUCAGCUUUCCAUUCUGUGGCACCAACAAGGUGAACCACUUCUUCUGUGACAGUCCACCUGUGCUGAAGCUGGUGUGUGCAGACACAGCACUGUUUGAGAUCUACGCGAUUGUUGGAACCGUUCUGGUGGUCAUGAUACCCUGCCUGCUGAUUCUAUGUUCCUACAUUCGAAUUGCUGCUGCCAUCCUCAAGAUUCCAUCAGCGAAAGGGAAACAUAAAGCUUUCUCUACUUGUUCUUCCCACCUCCUUGUUGUCUCCAUUUUCUAUGUAUCUUUAAGCCUCACCUAUUUCCGGCCCAAGUCUAAUAAUUCCCCAGAGAGCAAGAAGAUGCUGUCUUUGUCGUAUACUGUUGUGACACCAAUGCUGAACCCCAUCAUCUACAGCCUGAGAAAUAAUGAGGUGAAGAAUGCCCUUGUCAGGACCUUCCGCAAGGCCUUCAGUCUUAAAAAUUAUAUUCCAUAG